AUGUGGGUGGGUGAGGAACAAUGUGAAAGAAUUAUUGAACAAGUGUGGAGUGAGAGAGGAGGCAAUCGGGGUAUGGAAGAAUUGCUUAAUCUUAUUCAAGGUUGUGGCCAGCAGCUUAAGAUAUGGAAUAGACAUUCCUUUGGGUUGGUAAAGAAGAAGCUGAAUGAAGCUAGAGCAGAGCUUGAAAAGGCACAAUUUAGUCAUUCUCAUUCUCAUGACCUGAAUCCUGAAGGGCUUAGUCAAGCUAGAAAUAAAGUACAAUUGUGGCUUGAAAGGGAAGAGGUGAUGUGGCGCCAAAGAUCAAGAAUCCAGUGGUUAAAAGAGGGAGAUCAAAACACACGUUUCUUCCAUUCUUCUGCAUCUAUGCAAAGGAAGAGGAAUACUAUACAAGGUCUCAAAGAUGAUCAAGGACAUCUCACUGAAGGUGCACAAAGGGAUAAACUGAUUGUUGAUUUUUUUGAAGACCUUUUCACCUCUACUACAUCGGGUGAUCAAGAAGAAGUAUUAAGUUUUGUCGAUAGCAGAGUUACGCCAGAAAUGAAUGCUGAACUUUCCAAGCCCUUUGUUGCAAAUGAAGUCAAGAUAGCUUUGGAUCAAAUGCAACCAACAAAGGCACCGGGACCUGAUGGAAUGUCUGCUCUAUUUUUUUAG